CAACCUUUUUCCAACCUCACUACCUUACCUCAACGGCAUUCUCUCCAUUCCUCCAACAUCUAUCUCAAUGUAAACAAACACAAACACUCCGUCAACCAGCCAACAACUCACAGCAACUUGGGUGGCUCAUCAAACCAACAUGGCUUCCCUUCACCAAACCCCCUUUCCCCAACACCACGGUGGUAAACAUCACGGUAACCACCAUGACAAAGCCGAAGACAACGACUCCAACCACAACAACGACUCCGACACAGAAAACAAUUACACCCUCACCAAAUCCGACCGUCCCUACACCCUCUCCCACAAAAUCCACUUCCUCCGCAAAUCCCCAUGUGACGGAAAAAGGAUCCCCAUCUCCCCCUUCCACGACAUCCCCCUCUUCCACUCCAAACCCCACGGCAUCUACAACAUGAUCGUCGAAAUCCCCCGCUGGUCCCAAGCCAAAUUCGAAAUCUCCCGCUCCCUCCCCCUCAACCCGAUAUCCCAAGACACCUUAUCCUCCCACCCCUCCCGCCCCCGGUUUGUGCACAACCUAUUCCCUUACAAAGGCUACAUCUGGAACUACGGCUGCUUGCCGCAAACCUGGGAAUCUCCCCACCACUCCCACCGCGACACGCCGGGGCACAAGGGGGAUAACGACCCCAUUGAUGCUUGCGAGAUUGGGUCUCGCGUGGCGUACACGGGGGAGGUGAAGCAGGUUAAGGUGCUGGGGAUUUUGGGACUUCUGGAUGAGGGGGAGACGGAUUGGAAGGUGCUGGUUGUGGAUGUUAGGGAUAAGUUGGCGGGGAGACUGGAUGAUGUGGAGGAUGUGAGGAGGGAGUGUCCGGGACUACUGGAGGCGACGAGGGAUUGGUUUAGGUGGUAUGGGGUUCCUGAAGGGAGGAAGAGGAAUAGGUAUGCGAUGGGGGGACGGUGGAUGGGGAGGGGGUAUGCGGAGGGGGUGAUCAAAGAGUGUGAGGGGUUUUGGAGGAAGUUGGUGAGGGGGGAGGUGGAGGGGAGUGAGGAUAUUUGUUUGAAAAACACGACGCUGGAUGGGACACCGGGGAAGUGUGAUCCGAGCAGUGUCAAACUGCCGCCGAAUGAGGACUUGCCGCCUGCGGAGGUUGAGCAGGAUUUGGAUGAGGUCGCGUACGUGGAUAGGGAGAAGAGGGAUGAUGAUGAGGACGAGGGCGAUGAUAAGGAGGACAGCAUGACGAACGAUUACAGAAAGGAUAACCUGACGAACGAUGACGAGGAGAAAAACCUCAUGAACGAUAUCACCCUCAACAAUCUGAAAACGCUGAACAUCAACCUGACUUUCUGGUAACUUGGGGAUGAAGAUGCCUGGGUAAGAGCUGUGGGAUGAACAUCGACUUGACUUUGUGGUGAUGGAGAUGAGCAUGUUUGACAAGAGUUGUGGGAGCGGUUCGAUGUUAUAGCAUCUUAGUGAGCUUGGUGUUUGGAGUUUGUUCUC